UUCUUCCAUUCUGCGGCUUUACGACGAAGAGCCGACCUGAACGUCUAGAAAUGCAGACCCAGGAAGCCGCAACGAGAGCUCUUCGUGUCCGCUGCUCAUUCAUCGUCUUAUUUACAUGAAUGAGUCCCGUCGGUUCGUGUCCACUGCGGACGGUGGAUAAUGUGGACGCCGAAGACAGACACGGACCGGCCGAGUUUCUGCCAUCGCUACCGGCGGUGAGGACGAUAAUGAUGGUGCGGUCGUGUUAUUUUCCCUGACUCUGAAACGUCACAUCCCAAACAAACAGACAAAUACGAGACGAGCGUCGUUAAACUUUCGAAAAUGAGGAUUUUCAUGUGCCUGCUGAAAAACACUAACCACCCCAAAAUCGAGUAUUACUCCCGAUUUUCACCGUCUCCGCUCUCCAUCAAGCAGUUCCUGGAUUUUGGCCGGGAGAAUGCCUGUGAGAAGACAUCCUACAUGUUCCUGCGUAAGGAGCUGCCGGUGCGGCUGGCCAACACCAUGAGAGAGGUCAACCUGCUGCCCGACAAGCUGCUCAGCCAGCCGUCUGUCAAACUGGUCCAGAAGUGGUACAUGCAGAGCUUCGUGGAGCUGCUGGAUUUCGAGAACAGGAAGGCAGAGGACCCUCACACUCUGAAUGACUUCCUGGAAAUCUUGAUUGACAUCCGAAACCGCCACAACGACGUGGUGCCCACCAUGGCUCAGGGCGUCAUCGAGUACAAGGAGAAGUUUGGCUUCGACCCCUUCAUCAGCAGCAACAUCCAGUAUUUUCUCGACCGCUUUUACACCAACCGCAUCUCUUUCCGCAUGCUCAUCAACCAGCACACUCUGCUGUUCGGUAACGACACCAACCCUGCCCAUCCCAAACACAUCGGCAGCAUUGAUCCCAACUGCAGUGUGGCUGAAGUUGUUAGUGAUGCCUACGACACUGCCAAGAUGUUGUGUGAGAAGUACUACUUAGCCUCUCCCGAGCUCAAGAUUGAGGAGUUCAACAUGAAGGCUCCGAAGAAGCCCAUCCAGGUGGUGUACGUGCCCUCGCAUCUGUUCCACAUGUUGUUUGAGCUCUUCAAGAACUCCAUGAGAGCGACGGUGGAGCUCCAUGAAAACAGUAAGGAGGGAUUGCCGCCAGUGAAGGCGAGAGUCACUCUAGGUAAAGAGGAUCUGUCGAUAAAGAUCAGCGACAAAGGAGGAGGAGUUCCUCUGAGGAAGAUAGACCGUCUCUUUAACUACAUGUACUCCACUGCCCCGACGCCCAGCCUGGAGCCGGGAGCCGUCCCAUUGGCCGGUUUUGGUUACGGUUUGCCGAUUUCCCGGCUCUAUGCUCGAUACUUCCAGGGCGACCUGAAGCUCUACUCCAUGGAGGGAGUGGGCACGGAUGCCGUCAUCUAUCUGAAGGCUCUGUCCAGCGAGUCCUUUGAACGCCUGCCUGUGUUCAACAAGUCAGCUUGGCGGCACUACAAGACCAGCCCCGAGGCGGACGACUGGAGCAACCCCAGCAAAGAGCCGCGUGACGCCAGCAAGUCCAUAUACAAAGCCAACAGAUAACUCUGCAUGGCCUGCCAGCGUAAAACGGCUGCUCUCUGUGCGGAGCAUGCACGCUGAAAUGUUGCUCUGUGGGUAAAAAGCUUCGUUUAGGAUGAAACUUGCUUUCACGUUGCACUGGCGAAAGGUUUGUUGGGGUGUUGUGAUCCGGAUUUACAUUUGCACCCAAUUGCAAUAACCUCCUUUAGCGUAGCUUUUGUUGUUUUGUGGCUCAGAACAGAGUGAAAAAUGACCAUCCUCGGUAUUGUAGCUGCAACGUAUCUAACCCCAAUUGUAGAUUCUGUCAUUUUCAUUGUUGAAGUUAAAUUCGCCGCAACACUCCCGUCUGUAACCUCUUGUCUCGUGCCGCUUUCUGACCAAGCUGUUCCUCCCUCUGGGCCAGAUAAAGCCCGACUCUGCUGAUUGAGUCUCUGUCUCGGCUUCGGUAAAGACUUAUUCCAUUUCUUUCUCUCAAAACACAGUGCAAUGUUUCAGUGCAGACGAGGAGACGAGGAGGUUUUUAUUUAUGGUUUUUCUUUGUGAAACACUUUUGAUUAAAAGCGCCAGUAGGCUAGUUUAUUAUAGUGGCAAGUACUUGUUUUGAUUGCACUUUUUAAGAUUUUCAGUCAGGGUUAAUUGUUAAAAACAGAUAUUUAUAAAUUAGAAGCUAGAUGCAUCUUUUUGAAAAGAGAAAACGGAACAGGCAAUGAUUCAAAGACAUUACAUUUAAAGCUAUAGAAAUCAUAACCUUUUUUUGUUAUAUUUAUGAAAGAAAGCCUUAUUUUUGGGAACUUACGACUUUGAACAAUUUUAAAGGGAGGCAAUAUAAAUGAAAGUAGUCUAAAAAUAUUUUUUUGUUUACAUUUUACUUACUUAGCUUCAUUGUCCAACAUUACCCAGCCACAAACCAGUACUUAAAGUAAUAACGCUCAUCAGACACCACUGCUUGUAACCCCGAUUAACAACUACUAAAAGGACCAAACGAGUCAUGUACUCAUGAGACACGUCGCCAUUCCAGCAUUUGUGCACCGAGUAGCUUUUCCCAAAACCAGCAACAUACCGAUGUUCAUAGGGACGAAUGGACCUGCAGCACCUGAACACCCGACUGCCGUUCUGCUUGUCAUCAUUUCAAGCUGCUGUGGAGGAUAAGCAACAGGCUCACUGCUUUGUGUGCUUUCGGCAUCAUCCGGUCGGCCUUGUGUCUCACUUGAAUUCCUGCUGAUCCCUGCAGUCUUCUGAAUGAGUUUGAACAAAGUUUGUAGAUGUACUUUUGCGUUUUCUUAUGCCGAGUUAGUUAAAGUGAACUAGAUGUUGCAGUUGUUGAUUACUUUUUUUUGUUGUUGAUAUUUUAGUGGUGAUUUGAACAUCUAGUUUAUGUUGUGUUUUUUU